ACGCGUGAGCGUGGGGUCGAGAACACCAGAAGUGGUCACGCUUUAAAACGGAAGUUUGGUUAAUUUCCCAAGAUCGUACUUCCUGGUGUGUUUUUUUUUCUGUUUCCCUUUCAAUCGCUUGUACGGUUUGGGCAAACAAGGCAACCUCUGGGGUGUUCUUUACAUCGGUCCAACACUUCUUUCCCUUUGGAGAGGCCGCCGUCCCGUUUUCGCUGUGAGUCUGCGGCUUUGCUGACAUCAGACAGGAAGACACACAGUCUAGUUACGGCUGAACAGAGACAGGAAACUGCUGCGGCUUCGUCACCGGCCUGAGGAUGACUGAAUUCUGGGUUUGUUUCAGCUGCUGCAUCGCUGAGCAGCCACAGCCUAAACGGCGGCGACGAAUCGACCGAUCCAUGAUUGGCGAACCAACAAACUUUGUUCACACCACACACGUCGGCUCGGGCGACAUGGGCCUGGGAUUGGCCUCGGUGGACCUGGUUCAGGCCCAGAUGAAGUCCAAAGGUGGCUACGCACACGGCGGCUCUGAAGGGUCACAAUUAUAACAAGCCCUUCAUUGUGGUGGAAACUACUGUUUAUAUGAGGAAGCAGUUGAGUCCUUCAUGGACACAGGACCAAAAGAUAAAACUACUGCUUUUUCCCAUAAUGUUGUAUAUAGAAUUUUUAUUUUUCAUUCCUUUUUUUUUUUAUGAAAGCACUGCUAUCCAUUUGCUGCCAUGCUGUUGCACUGUAAAGAGUACCAGUUAAUAGAGAGGAGGAAGAGGAGGCUUUAGUACGCUCAUCAUCUCAGUAAGUCAGAUGUAUGCUUGUGUGUAUGCAUGAGGAUCGACUAUUUUUGCUCUCGUAGCCGUCUCGACGUUGGAUGCCUGUAUUUAUUAUCGCAUUUGCAAACGGACCUCAUGGUGGCUGGGCCACGCUGCAGAGUAUGAACCUUUCUGAUUCCGUCUUUUAUUCUCGGGAGGUUUAACAAAGGACAGGUGGAGGGGGGUGGGCAAGAUGAGUUUAUUUUUUGUUUUCAUUCAGAGAAAUCUCACGAUCCUCUGAGUUGCCUUCAGGGUCUAAUAUUGCUGUUUUCUAAUAAUAAACUUGAAUUGAGUAGAGUACACUGGACCAUACGAUCGAUGUACGCUCACGCCUGCUUAGGAGUUACGCUUUUUUUUAUAUUCAUUUAGAUUAAGUCAUGUAGAAUUUUAAUAAACUCUCCACUUCCUUAUCUGUCCUUGUCAUAUUUUUUUUUGGCCAAUGAUGGAGCUUAUUAGAGUCAUAUUUUCAAAUGCUUGCUUUUAUUUUGAAGGCAACAUGCCAGCCAGGAACUAAAACACAGUAACAUGGAUGCCAGUGUUCUCCCCCUUUAUGGACCUAGUGAAUGUCCACCUUCACAUGCUUGUUUUUGUUUAUUUUCUUAUCAGCAGGCUUACACCAAAAUGUCUUUGGGGGGUGGGGCGGGGAUUGGGUAUGAGUUUAAUAUAGAAUUCAAGCACAUACAGGAGGAGGGUGGACCAUUCGGUGCUCAUCCUAAUUAGGAUUGUUUGGCCUUGACCAAUGUAUGCUCUCUACUGCGUGCCAGGAUACCGUAUCUCCCUCAAAUAGUAUAUUUACUCCCAUAUGCCGUAUCCGCCAUGCGUGGAACCACACAGGCUAACCCCUUUACCGCUUUAAGAAGAAAUUCAGCCAACUUUCGGCGACAUUUAUCGCCAUUUCUACCUGUUUGGGUUGGGAGGGGAUUGUUCAAUAUUUAUUAUGAUUUGUCGAGUAAAUACUUCCACACACAAGCCUAUCCUCCAUUCAAGCAAAGGCCACUAUUUGGGUGAAAUACGGUAAUUUAGCAUGCCAGGCCUCUAAUUUGUUUUUAUUUUUUAAGCAGUUGGAUUCAUUUCGUUCUUAAUUUUGCCAUUGGACCUCAAAUCACAUCCAGCUCCAUGUUGAUUGUUGUAACAUUGCUUCAGGAAUUGCUUCUAAGUUAGAAAAGAAAGGCCUUAAAGAGAGCAAAAUAUAGUAUGAAUGUUAACUAUUACACUCAGUUGGGAGGGAAGCGGUGUGCACAUUCUGUCCUCCAUUGCUCAAAGCAGGAUGUUUCAAUGGUAAUAGUCUUUGAAUUCAAUGCAUGCGAUGUGUGUUUCUCUCAUGUGCAUCCUGUGGUGUGUACAACAGAAUGUAACUGUAUCAUAAAGCCAGCAAACAUGUUGUCAAUUAUCGUGUUAAGUGUCUGUACCAGGCAAGAUAUAUAAAAGAAAAAAAAAGAAUAUACAAGCCAGAGUCUUUGUAUUUAAAGAAACCGGUUUGUUCUAAGAGCACCUCAGAAAAAUCCUGGUGACAAGUAUUUCCCAUAUUUUCCCAUUUUUUAGUAAUGUAGGUUAUUUUCCUGUUCAAUGUUUUUCUUGUAUGGAAAGUGGUUCCUAUUUUUGUCGCAAUACAACAUGUGAACAACAGGUUGUGCUAGAGGACUAGUUUAAUGUGACUUUUAAGAGAAUAAAAGUCACAUUUAUUGUUUCAUGAUGUAAACCAACAAUUAAAAAAAGUAAUGAUCCAUAUUUUUUUAUAUAUUUUCAGGUCAAUGUGUGUUUUUAGUUAAUGUAUGCAUUACAAAGUUAAGGCAGCAGGGUUUUUUCUCUCUCUAAACACUGCAUGAUAUGUUGCUUAUUAAGAAAGUCCCAUCUUUUUUGUGCAAUGGGGAAAUAAAUGUCAUGUGUUGUUUUA